AUGUGGCUAGUUAAUAUUGAAACCCAUCGACUCGAGGAAUUUUCUGGAUCGGAGAUCCCAAAGUACGCCAUCCUCUCGCAUACAUGGGAAGAGGAAGAAGUCACAUUUCAAGAAAUCCAUCGAAGAUCUGCGUUGUCCAAAAAAGGCUAUGCUAAGAUCAAAGAGACCUGCAUUCGAGCACACAGGCAUGGUCUUCACUACGCAUGGAUUGAUACCUGCUGCAUCGAUAAACGAUCUAGCACCGAGUUAGCGGAGAGCAUCAAUUCCAUGUUCCAGUGGUAUCAGAACGCCGCGAUUUGCUAUGUCUACCUUUCUGACCUGCCUUCUGGAGCCCACGCAGAAGACGGGUUGGCAGAAUGUAGAUGGUUUACUCGAGGAUGGACAUUACAGGAGCUGAUAGCUCCAAGGGAAGUUUGUUUUUACGAUCAGCAAUGGGGCUUUUUUGGAACUAAGAGGGAUUUAUCGGAGAAGAUCUCAUCGAUUACCAGUAUUGACAUGAAAGUUUUGAUGGGAGUAUGCCAGGCCAACUAUUAUUCGGUAGCUACUAGAAUGUCUUGGGCGGCGCAUCGCGAAACGAAACGAAUUGAAGAUCUGGCAUAUUCUCUGCUGGGCAUCUUCGAUGUCCACAUGCCGUUAAUGUACGGUGAAGGAUCAGGGUCGUUUCGUCGAUUGCAAGAGGCGAUUAUCCAGCGCAAUAAUGAUAUGACUAUCUUUGCAUGGGAUUAUGAGCAGGGACAAGAGCAAACGGGUUCGAUGGGCCUUUUCUCAUCAUCACCUUCUGGGUUUGCUAGGAGUAAAGCCUGCCAGUACAAUCGAGGGGAAAUCGAUCCAGUGUUUUCUAUGACGAAUAAGGGUCUAAGGUUUGACCGUUUUGCUUGUUUGUACAAGCGUAUCCAGGACGAUGACGGCGGAAUUGAGUCUACAAGGUAUUCAAUUCCGCUUGGUGUUGACCGAGGAGAAACGGAUGCGAUUCAUUACUUUAUGCAACUUCGAAAAGUGGGCCCAGGAGUUUUCCUGCGAGAUGGGAAGUUGUUGAUAGAUAAUGGAAGUUUAGGUCAUGGCCCUGCUAAUCGCUUGCCUACGCUUGACUUCUACAUCCAUGCCGAUACUCAGGAAGCUCAUGUUCUAGAGUCCUCAAGGCGACAUAAGGCAGUCCACUUUCCUAGACAUGACCAGAUUCGAGUUCAAGGAGUGCUUCCCGAAAGCCACUGGGAUGAUAGCAAGAACCGAUUCUUCACGGAGUUUGCGGACGAUAACCUUAUUCUUGCCACCUCUUGUCUGGUAAAGCUUGAAACCUCUCAAGCUCAUGUUGUUGUGUGCAUCAAUUCCUCGACAGAAGUGCCCUCUUGUAGAAUCUUCAACGCAGAAAAAUACCAGAAACAACUAUCGUGGCUUUUGCGCCAUCAACGAUUCGGCCAUAAUGUAACGUGGCACGAUGUCGAGGCCGAGUUGCCCCGGCUUCUCGACUUCACAGACAAGAUGACAGUCUUUGCUAAAGGAUACAAGUCUACGAUAUCUGUGCUGCUAGAGAAAAAAGUCAGAAUCGCAACAGCAGUUCCAAACAGCACGUCCGAACUCCAUGCAAAAGAGACAACUCAAGGGACCGGGAUUGCCACUGGAACGUGUGACAAUGACAAGUUUGUGCCGCCAACAGAGAGAAAUGAGGCGAGUUCUAGGGAUGAUUACGAAGAAGCGGACGAAGAAAAAUACAAAGAUGGUUAUGAAAAAGGCGGCGAAAGUCAUUACGAAGCAAAAAGCACUGACAUCGAGAGGCCGGAAAUCGAAGAUCCGAAUGAAGCUGCGGCUUAA